CGUUGCGCAAGUUAGUAUUUUGCUUGAAAUGUCACAUGUUUGAUUAGUUCCUUUUUUAUUUCGUCAACAGUUGUUCAAAGCUUAAAUCUGAUUUGCUUAAAAUUCAAAAUUUACGAUGAAUAAAUUGUUUCGGGACAGAUCCGAUAGGAAUAUCAAUGCGGUGGGCACUUUUAAGCAGAGAAAAUCAUUAGCUACAAGAAAGGAAGAAGUAGAAAAUAUUCGGCAAAAGUUUCCAACCAAGAUACCGGUAAUUGUUGAGCGAUAUCACAAGGAAUCUCAGUUGCCCUUGUUGGACAAGACUAAGUUUUUAGUGCCACAAGAGCUCACAAUUUCCCAGUUCCUAACUAUAAUUAGAAAUCGUAUGCAUUUGGGUCCUACUCAAGCAUUUUAUCUACUUAUAAAUAACCGAAGCAUUGCCAGUAUGUCUAAAACUUUAAUAGAAGUCUACUUAGAGAGUAAAGAUGAAGAUGGAUUCUUGUAUAUAACAUAUGCUUCUCAAGAAAUGUUUGGAUCAGUGACUUGCAAAGAUUUUUCUUAUAUAUGUCAUUCCUGUCAAUGUGAUUGUGAAAUUAAUAUGAUCUGACGUGAAGGUACUGUAUUUGUUUGAAAGAAAAUGACUUUCUCAAGCAUUCACUUCACUGCCAUAAGCAAAAAUAAGUUCCAAAGAUUUGCAUGGCUUUGUUACUGAUUUUCUUUGCUCAACUGAUGCUUUGAGUUGUAUGAUAAUGCCUGUGAUGUUUCAAGAGGGGAAAACAAAGAAAAAGAAGAGAGAAAAUAGCAGUAGAUUUUUCAAUCUGUAUCAUUAAAAGCUUUUGUAAUUUUUAUCUUAUAUACACUACCUUUUUUUUUUAAAUUAAAAUUUUUUGCAUAAUUAUUCAAAAUGAAUCCUCAUUGCUGCAAGUUUAUGAAGCAUGAAUUAUUUUAUUUUUCAAAACGUGAUUUAUUAAAAAAAAUUUGCUCUAUAAUUUAACUGAUAUUGACGAUUUAAAAGUGCUACUUAUGCAAAUUGUCAGUCUGAUUUUUUUCCUGUGCACUUUUGGUUAUGGAGUUACUUAACCAUUGUUGGUGUCAUAUUAAAGUUUUUAACUUAAUUUUUUUAAAGUUAUUAGGUACAGCUUCAGUUGAAAUACAUCAAUUUUUCAAAUCCAAAAAAAGGUAAAAUUCUUAAAGUUUUACAAAAAAUAAUUUGUGCUCUAAUUUUGCUGAAAAUGGAGGAUUUCAUGACAGACCUUUUAUUUAUAGAUACAUUCUCUAAGCAUUGAUAACAAGGUUAGAGGUUUCACCUUUCAUACCAAAAAUUUAACUCCUGGUUCAUACAUAUCUAAUAUGAACUUCAGUAUCUUAAUGCAGUAAAAGUCAUUAUCAUAAAUUAUGAUAAUGAAUUUAAGUUAUUUGGAGCAAAGAAUUUUUGCAUUAUUUAUUCUAAAAAUGCAAUUUUGACUUAUUUUAUCAAUAUGUUGACUGGAGCGUUAAUAAAUGCAAUUGUUACAAUUUUUAUUUCAUACUGCCUCGAUUCAUCAUAAAGUAUUCUGAAGUAAAGUUCAAGAAAAAAAAACUGAAAACAUUUGGAAUAACUUGAUGCAGUAUAAAAUUCAGUUUGAAAAAUAUUUUCUCUGUUACAUCUUUAUUGGAUUCUUAACUUUAGCAAUUUCUGACAUUAAGUAAACUAAGUGUAAUUACAUUUUAUUCAAGAAAUGUUUUGAUGUGAGGAAAAGUAAUUUCAGAAAAAAGUAAAAUAUUUUGUUUAUACAUUUCUGCAUGUAAUGCAAAAUUUUAAUUGAUAAAUUCACCAUUAUUAUUAUUUACAACUUAACUUUUAGGUAACAUUGUUUUUUCAUACAAUAUUAAAAUUCAGUGUAACACAAUUAAACAUUUGAAAACAAUAAUAAUAAAUAAAUAAAUAAAAAAUGAAUAAAUAAAAUUUCCCAACUUGUGUGCAACAUUAAAGCAAGUACCUGCUCUGCAUUGUAAUGGGAUAUGACAUAAUUUUGCAUAUGAUGAAAGUUUACAGAUUUUUGGAUCAUAAUUUUCUAUUUAAUAAUGUAGUGCAUAAUUUUAUACUGUUUUUUGGGAGUAAAAUCGUUUGCAAGUUCAUUAAAGUGUUAUUACUUUCUUCAAUUUCAAAAAGACUGCUUUGACAGUUUUUUGAAUACAGUAUGUAAUUUUUAAAAAACAUAACUCUGUGUUAUUGAGAUGAAAGUAUUUGACAGAAGUGAAUGACCUUGGCUAUAAAAGCAAUGCUUUUGGAAUUUACAAUAGUUAUUUAAAUUUUGAAUUAAUCAUUCCAACAUAUGGAGUCCAAUUAUUUAUAAGUACAGUAAUCUUUUUUUGUCAGUUGCUUUGUCUUGGUUUGUGAAUAGUUAUGCAUAACAGUGCAAAAUUCCAAUAACAAUCAAUUUCUUUCAUACAGUUUUUGUUGCUUCAAUCAUUAACAAUCUUUUUGUUUUUAAAUAUUGUUUUUAAUGUUACUUGCAGAUUCCUUGUUUCUUACCUAACUAUUGUAGCAGUAACUUUAAAUUAUUAUUCAUGAUUUUGAAAUUCAACUGUGAUCUUACAGAAUCUUGUAAUUCUACUGAGUUUCUUAACUGUUGAGUGUUUGCUUUGAUAUUGUCAAGAAGCAGUGCAACUGAUUAAAUGCCAAAAUACUAAAUAAAAUGUUUAUGUGCCAUUUAUAUGUGCUUAAGGAUUAUCUGGGAGUUUCAUUGUAAAUAUGAUGUGUGCUUUCACAUAACGUUUUCCAAGUUUUUAAUAUCCAUUUCUGAUUUUUCAUUCUUUAAAAUUUAAAGGACUGAAUUGGGUCUUUUCAAUUUGGUGUGUGAUUUAUGUUUGGUUUCAUUUUUUUUUCAGUUAAUGUGUGCUGCACUUUCAUAGCAUCAGUUUUUCUUUUUAAGUUUUGGUUUAAAUUUUUUAAGUUUGACUUCUGCUGUGGUAAAAUUUUUUUUAAAAAGUCUCUGUGAAGGUUUACAAUGUCUCUUAGUGUCAAUGUAAUUUAAAAUACUGUAUUUUAAAUUAUUCGUACAUUUCAAAAGGUCUACUGUUUUUUAAUGAAAAAUUUGUAGAAUUAACACAGUUGGUCUUUGCUGUUUGAUAAUUUUUUAUGAAUUUCCAAAACUAUUUAAAAGUAUAUGCUCUGGACUGGACUCAUUUUAAAUUUUACCUUGAUGAAUUUCUCAUUAGAAAAAACUUUGGGAAAAGAUGUUCUAAAAUCUUAUAGUUUUGAAAACCAUUUAAAUUGUUGACAACUUCUGACUAGAAAAUAGGCUUACCAACUGAUCAAUGAAAGAAGUGCCAUAAACAUUUUGAUUCAUGUUGCCAUUGCGCUUACAGUAUCUCUUCUGUUGGUUUUUGAUGACUUUAAGAGAUAAUGAUCUAGUGUGCCAUGGAAGAAACUCACAUUUGUCUUGCAGGCAUUUUUUUUAAAAUCUCCUCCCGCCCUCUCUCUCUCUAAAUAUCAUCACUUGAAAAAAAUAGUGAUGCAACUCAAAAAAUACCGAAAAUGAGAUUUUUUAAUUGAUAAUACUUAAAAAAAAUAAUCUUUUGAAUGAAAUAAAGAUGCAAGUUGUAGAUAAACAACACACAAUAAAUUAUAAACCAUAACAAUUCAAAAAAUGGUCUCCUGGUUUUUUUAAAUUGCAUCGCUAUUUUUUUCAAGCUGCGAUAUAUACAAGAUAAAAAAUUUCAUUAUUGCUUUGAGGCAUUGUUAAUUCAUGUGUUAUAAUAUUUUUAUUUUGCUGUAGUUACUUCUCUGUCUGCCAACUGCACUCCGAUCUUACUGUGGUAGGAAAAGUUUGGCUCCAAUUUAUAGAGUUUAAAGUUAUUUUCUUGAAAUAAUAAAAAUCCAAAAUUUUAUGAAAUAGUUAAAAAGUUUUGAAAUUAUUUUGAUUUAAAAUAAUAAAAGAUGCAAAUUUCAACAUGUCAAACUUUAUCCGUUCAUAUGUAAAUUUAAAGUAAAGUGUUUUUCUGGAAAGAUUUUUGCGAUUCUACUUUUAAGCAGGUAUGUCAAAUUCUAUGAUGAAAUCGACAGGCAUGUAACGGCGUAGUUUUCAAGCCUAAAUGGAGCAAUAUACGAAAAAUGAAGUUAUUUUUGGUUUUGAAAAAUAAGGUAUAAGUAUCAACAUAAUGUGUUGUUUUUUGAGAAAAAAAUGUCCCAAUUUAUUUAUUGCAUUGAAAAACUCAACAAUAUGUCAACUUGGGACUGAAAUUGAAGGAAGUGAAGACCAACUGUGUCUGAUAUUUUUUUCACGUCUAAAUUAAUUAUUUGGAGACAAAAAGCAAAAAUUUUGAAUAGAAUUAAGUUAAUUUUUUUAGUUACUUUUAUAAUUGUGUGUUGAACUUUGUAUAGUAUUUGUUAAAUUAUAUAAAUAUAAUAUGCAAAUAAAUUUAUUAAUAUUAUGUAUACAUGUUUUGUUUUUAAAGAACAAAAUUAUUGAUAUUUAAAAACUUUAAAGUAGAAAACAUUCUUUUAUUUCAUACCCUAAAAAGUUGAGUGUAUGAUUUAAUUCAACAAUAUUUUUUUUAUAUUUAAUCCCAGUGAAUUUUGUGUAAAUUUUUUUUAUAUAUUUAUUCACUUUUUAAA